GCCAUGACACGGUGAGCUGUCCACUUCAGCACCACAGGCGAGCAAACAACUGCUCUUGUUGACGGACUAACGGAUCUAAUCAGCACCGAAGCCCGGGACAGCAAAUACAAUAAAUCAAAUAUAUCGCAUCGAAGAUAUAGCAUCAUACAUUUAGCAUCACAUACACGUCAACUGGGAACGCUUGACACCUACGGGGCUGAAGACUCCGGGAAAAGGUAGGAGAUUUGAAAGACUCCAGUUAUCAUGUACGAUGCAACAAGGGCGCCAUCUCCAAAGGACGGUUCAAAAGAGCUGACCAAGCCAUUGAUCCCUGCAGAAGGAACAGACGUGGGAACAACAACAGGAGAAGUUUUAACGCCAUCAACAACCGAACAUGCGAGAACUGAGGAAGGACAGUCUGCUGCAGAGGAGGAAAAACUUAAACCAGAGCCAGUUCUGGUGAAAAAGCCACAAAGAGAGAUACUGAACCAUGAGAGGAAGCGGAGGGUAGAGCUCAAAUGUAUGGAGCUCCAAGAGAUGAUGGAGGAGCAGGGGUACACCGAGGAGGAGAUUCGGCAGAAAGUGAACACGUUCAGGCAAAUGCUGAUGGACAAAGAAGGUGUCAUCACCAGAGAGGGCUCACAACCUUUGGUCAACCACUUGCACUACUACCCUGAAAAGUAUGAGGACGACGAUGAUUUGGUUGGCGAUGAAGGCGGAGAUUAUGCCUAUGAUGACCAUCACAGUGAUAACAGACAGCGGAAGAAAUCAAACAGUUCCCCAUCCACUUGUCCAAAGAAAAGAAAGAAGAAAUCCAGAAGAAAUCGGCUUGGCAGUUCAUCACCUACUCGCAGAGAGAAGAAGAAAAAGAGUGGGAAGAAACACAAACGUGACAGGUCUGCAUCUGGCUCCAGGAAAAAGAGGAGGUACAGGUCGGGAAGCCCGAAGGACAAACACAGAGACAGGAGCAAAGAUAAAAAGAGCUCCCCAGCGGAAACUCCCAGAAGGAGCCUACAGCGUCAAGGCAGCAUUUGCAGAAGCCGCAGUGCCUCCAUAUUGUCAUUGCGAAGCACCUCUAAGUCUCCCAGCAGAAUGAACUGCAAACAGAAGAAGGAUCGAAAGAAGGUAGCUUCAGUGUCCUCUGGCCCCAACAGUCCUACUGCUUGGCCCGAUGGCGACCACAUUCAGCGCAGUCACAAUGGCAAAGCUGGCAGACGCAACUACACUGAGGGCGAUAAGGUGCAAAAUAAGCUGCGAAUUUUGGCUCCUGGUUCUACUAGUAUCCAGUCCACUUUGCUGAAAGAACAGAAAGUCCACUGCAGGAGUCAAGGCGUGCAGCUGCGUGAGUCGAGCGAUGGUGAGAGUGUGGAUGACAAGGCUGCGGCUGUCGGUCACAGGUCAGGGAGAACACAGAACCAGCGAGAUCACAACAGGAACUCCUGCUCUCCCGCACGUAGCAGUGACUCGGCACACUCCCAGCACUCUCACACUCACAGAGGGAGGAGCCGGCAUCAAAGAAAGACAAAAAGUGGCCAUUCCACCAAACUUCACCAGCGUUCCGGUCGAAGUCAGGGAUACCAUCGCAGCCCAUCAACAUCUUCAGGCCGCCACUCGCACACGUCAGACAGAAAGAAGGAGGCAUCACGGAGCAAACAGAAAGCGAGACACCGUAGCAGCUCUUGGAGCAGCGAACGCUCCUGGGACCGUGGUGCCAGCAAGACCAGGGCUCCUAACGCAAGACAGAAUACCUCCAGAGAAAGGGACAGCCAGAACCGCUGUGACAGCGACACCGACAGCCGGGCCCGACGCCGCUCUCGGAGUUACUCGCCCAUUCGCAAACGGAGGAGAGAUUCACCCAGUUUCAUGGAGGCUCGCAGGAUUACCAGUGCCCGGAAACGUCCAAUCCCAUACUACCGGCCCAGUCCUUCAUCGUCCAGCUCCGACAGCAGUCCCUCGCGCAGCAGUCGCAGUCGGAGUCAUAGUUACAGCAGCUACAGUCGCAGCCGGAGCCCCAGCAGGAGCAUGAGUCCGAGUGGAAGCUGGAGUCGCAGCAGGAGUCGCUCUCACAGUUACUCCAGCCAGAGCAGUUCUGACAGCCCCGGCUUCUAAGGGGAAAGCCAAAAUGAAACAAAGGAGACUGCCAUCGGGUUUGUUAUCUAUUCCUUUACAUGGUCCAAACCACAACCACCACUGCAGUCUGUAUAUAUGUUUUGAUAAAAAUCAGAAAUUGCUACUUACUGUAAAUACAGUAAGAAUACUGUACACACAAGACCAACAUAUUUUUUUUAAUUUGGCAAAUGGGUAUCUUUUAGCUGGAAAUCAAACACAAGACUUUUAACACACUCUUAGACAUGGCUAUUUAAAAGAAAAAUGUUGAUUACAUUAGGCCAAGAAUGUCUAAACUACAUGACAACAGUUAUUAAAACGAAAGGAUAGGGAGAACUUUAGUGCAUUUUGUACAUAUUGGGCCUAAUCUACUUAAGGUUUGCUUGUAUUAAAAGUAGGGUUGUGCAUCUCUUUGUGACGGACGAUUCGUUACACAUCUACAUACAUAGGGAUUACGAUAUGAUUAAAAAACGCUGAAUUCUAAAAACAGAACAAUUUGAUAAGAUUUAAUAUAGUGUACAAAGGAUUCGAUAAGAUGCAAUACAGUGUACGUGACAUCAUCUCAUUUGCAUAAUUUAUGGUAAUGAUUAUCUAGUUAGCAAGAUGUUCUACUUUUGUCACAGAGAGACACACACGCACAUAGACGAUUCCGAGAUAAGUGACUAAGGCUGUGUACAGUAGGCAAAUCAAAUUAGGUGAUUUCUUUAUAGGUGAUUUAUUUAAGUGUGACAAUAAAGAAACAUUUGCGUUCAAAAUUCCACUCAAAACUUUUGGCUAGGAACUCAGAAAUUCAGACUUCCCAUUACAAAUGAAACACACCAUAAAUGUCCAGACGACAAAUGAUUUGCGCUUGCGCGAAACACUGCAAUCCCUUCACUGUGAGUUUCUCCGCUCUGCUCGCAACACCCGCCACUGCUCGUUAAUGACGCCUUUACCUCACACUCCAAGACUCAAAAAAGUCUCCAAAAACACCAAAAGAAGUAGCUAAAUUUGUCGCUAGUAGCUGUUGAUCAAAAAAAGUAACAAAGAGGAUUGGAAAGUCACCAGAUUUAGCGACAAAGCCGCCGAGUUGGCAAAACUGUGCCCUGAGAACAACACCCUAGCAACAAGUUCUGGGCGCCCAUAAAAAAAGUUCUCCCUGAAGAACCCCCUGGCUUCAGUAGGAUAUGGUCAAAUAUUUAUGCUCUAAACAAUAUUUUGUAUGGUGUAUAAAUAAUAUUAAUGCCAUUUGAAAAAGGGUCACAAAGGCUCCUAAUUUGGCUGCUGACAUAUGAAGUAAUAUAUUAUCAUUUCCAUCCAUCCAUCCAUCCAUCCAUUUUCUUUCGUUUAUCCGAGGUCGAGUCGCGGGUCAGCAGCCUAAGCAGGGAAGCCCAGACUUCCCUCUCCCCAGCCACUUCGUCCAGCUCCUCCCGGGGAUCCCAAGGCGUUCCCAGGCCAGCCGGGAGAGAUAGUCUUCCCAAGGUGUCCUGGGUCUUCCCUGUGGCCUCCUGCCGGUCAAAAGUGCCUGAAACAUCUCCCGAGGGAGGCGCUUGUGUGGCAUCCUAACCAGAUGCCUGAACCACCUCAUCUGGCUCCCCUCGAUGUGGAGGAGCAGCGGCUUUACUUUGAGUUCCUCCCGGAUGGCAGAGCUUCUCACCCUAUCUCUAAGGGAGAGCCCAGCCACCCGGCGGAGGAAACUCAUUUCGGGCGCUUGUACCCGUGAUCUUGUCGUUUCGGUCAUUACCCAAAGCUCAUGACCACAGGUGAGGAUGGGAACGUAGAUUGACCGGUAAAUUGAGAUCUUUGCCUUCCGGCUCAGCUCUUUCGUCACCACAACGAUCGAUACAGCGUCCACAUUACUGAAUACGCCGCACCGAUUCACCUGUCAAUCUCACGAUCCACUCUUCCCUCACUCGUGAACAAGACUCCGGGGUACUUGAACUCCUCCUCUUGGGGAAAGAUCUCUUCCCUAACCCGAAGAUGGCACUCCACCCUUUUCCGGGCGAGAACCCUGGACUCAAGACUUGGAGGUGCGGAUUCCCAUCCCAGUCGCUUCACACUUGGCUGCAAACCGAUCCAGUAAGAGCUGAAGAUCUUGGCCAGAUGAAGCCAUGAGGACCACAUCAUCUGCAAAAAGCAUAAAAGUAAUCCUGCAGCCAUCAAACCGGAACCCCUCAAUGCCCUGACUGCGCUUAGAAAUUCUGUCCAUAAAAGUUAUGAACAGAAUCGGUGACAAAGGAGUCCAACCCUCACUGGAAACGUGUCCGACUUACUGCCGGCAAUGCCGACCAAGCUCUGACACUGAUCAUAGAGGGAGCAGACCGCCACAAACAGACAGUCCGAUACCUCAUACUCUCUGAGCACUCCCUACAGGACUUCCCGGCGUACACAAUCAAAUGCCUUCUCCAAGUCCACAAAGCACAUGUGGACAUGUUGGGCAAACUCCCAUGCCCUCAAGGACCCUGCCGAGAGCAUAGAGUUGGUCCACAGUUCCACGACUAGGAUGAAAACCACACUGUUCCUCCUGAAUCCGAGGUUCGACUAUCCGGCGUAGCCUCCUCUCCAGUACACCUGAAUAGACCUUACUGGGAAGGCUGAGGAGUGUGAUCCCACGAUAGUUGGAACACACCUUCCGGUUCCCCUUCAUAACUCUUUAUGAAGGGGAACCGGAAGGUGUGUUCCACCACCCCGGUCUGCCAAUCCAGAGGUACUGCCUCCGAUGUCCACGCGAUGUUGCAGAGUCUUGUCAACCACAGCACAGCAUCCAGAGCCUUAGAACUUCGGGCCGCCGAGGAGCUUUCUAACUUCCUCGGCAAUCUCAGCCCCAGAAAUAGGAGAGCCCACCUCAAAUUCCCCAGGCACAUCAUUCUCAUAGGAAGAGGUGUUGGUAGGGUUGAGGAGGUCUUCGAAGUAUUCCCUCCACCGAUCCCCACCAUACACGGUGUUGACAUGCAACACCUGGACUCAAUGUAGAGCGCCUCCCUCGUGACAUGUUCAAAGUUCUUCCGGAAGCGGGAAUUGAAACUCUCUCUGACAGGAGACUCUGCUAGGCAUUCCCAGCAAACCCUCACAAUGCGUUUGGGCCUGCCAGGUCUGUCCAGCAUCCUCCCCCACCAUUGCAGCCAACUCACCACUAGGUGGUGAUCGUACACUCUCUUCACCCGAGUGUCCAAAACAUUAGACCGCAAAUCCGAUGACACAACUACAAAGUUGAUCGUGGAAUUGCGGCCUAAGGUGUCCUGGUGCCAAAUGCACAUAUCGACACCCUUAUUUUUGAACAUGGUGUUCGUUAUGGACAAUCUGUGACGAGCACAAAAGUCCAAUAACAAAACACCACUCAGGUUCAGAGCCGGGCGACCAUUCUUCUCACUCACGCCUCUCCAGGUCUCACUGUCGUUGCCAAUAUGAGCGUUGAAGUCCCCCAGUAGAACGAGGGAAUCACCCAGGGGGAGCACUCUCUAGUACUCCCUCGAGUGAAUCCAACAAGAGUGGGUACUCUGAGCUGCCGUUUGGCGCGUAAUCGCAAACAACAGUCAAGACCCGUCCCCCCACACGAAGGCGGAGGAAAGCUACCCUCUCGUCCACUGGGUUGAACUCCAACCUGCAGGCUUUGAGCAAGGGGGCAACAAGAAUUGCUACCCCAGCCCGUCGCCUCUCACCGCUGGCAACGCUAGAGUGGAAGAGAGUCCAGACCCUUUCGAGAGAACGGGUUCCAGAGCCCUGGCUGUGCAUGGAAGUGAGUCCGACUAUAUCUAGCCGGAACUUCUCCACCUCGCGCACUAGCUCAGGCUUCUUAUCCCCCAGCGAGGUGGCGUUCCACGUCCCAAGAGCUAGCUUAUGUAGCCGAGGAUCAGGCCACCAAGUGCCCUGCCUUUGGCUGCCGCCCAGUUCACAUUGCACCCGACCUUUAUGGCCCCUGCAAUGGGUGGUGAGCUCAUUGGAGGAGGGACCCACAUUGCCUCUUCGGGCUGGGCCCCAUGGCCCAUUAGGCACUCGCCUUCGUGGUGACCCACAUCCGGGCGAGGAAAAUCUCGGUCCUUCGUCUGUAUUUUUCAUAGAAGUCUUCGAGCUGCUCUUUGUAUGAUCCCUCAUCUAGGACCAGUUUGUCUUGGGAGACCCUACCAGGGAGCAUAAAGCCCCCAGACAACAUAGCUCCUAGAAAAAAUUGUGACACGCAAACUCCUCCACCACAAUAAGGUGGCAGCUCUGAGAGGAGAUAUUAUCAUUUCCUCUAUUUAAAAAAAUCAAAAAUGCUACGUGUUAAUUUACUGUUCAUAGCUACUUAUUUUCAGUUGAAACACAGUUGUAUCUACACUUCUUUUAGGAUGUAAUACACUUUUUCUUCAGGUUUUUUUUCGAUAAUUUGCAUUAGUUUGGGGUGACAGUAUUGGUCACACCAAUACUGAUACUUUACAUUUUCAAGAUCACUAAAUAAUAAAAUUUUUGAUGACAGUUAUAAUCAGACAAAAACACAAGAUCGAGGUGUAAUUAUUUCUUACGGUUGGCUCUGAUUUAAAUAAUUUGAUUUUGCCCUUAAAGUUCUACUGUGUCUAGGGACCUAUUUACUGAGUUUAUAAACAAAAACGAUGCAGAUUUCUGGAUAUCGAUAUUGAUCUUACAUUGUAGUAUUGACCAAAUGGUACUUGGUAUCAUUACUAUUAAUGUGUUGAUCUGCCCACCGCUGUAAGCUCCAUUUUACCUGUUAGCACCGGUUAGCUUGGCUUAUUGUAUCUUCCAAAAACGAGUAGUGUAGCAUGUUUACCAGUUCUCGUCUUUCAGUGAUACUUGCAACAAACGUAUCCUUUUUUCUGCCAUGGCGGCGAGGAUUGCUGACUUAUAAGCAGCUUUUCACUGGGACGGACGUUAGCUGCUAGCUUGCUAGCAAAUGCACAUCCGGUGCAAUACCAGGUCCAUGUUUCUACACUCGAUUAACCUAAAAAUAUAUAUAUUUUUAAAAAGUACUGUUUUUUACCGUUUAAAGUGGCUUCUGUCAGCCAAAUCGCUCACUUGUCAAACCGAAUAGCUGGUCACAUCGGUUUAUCUCUCACAACCCUAUUUAAAACACAAGCAAACUUAUAACACCCAAAGUUGAUCUACUACAGUCGUGCACAGAGGGUUGCGUCUCUAAAGUGAGCAGAAUAAGGAACGGAAUCCAUUUUGCUUAUUUGUCUUUAUGAAUAUAUAGAAUAUACAGUAUGCAGCAACAAUACUGAGAGGAGUAGAUGCAAAUAUGACUAUUCAGCUCACACAGUGGUAACUGUCCUGACUGAUUAGUGUUCUAUCGGAAUUGUAUUGCGGCUUUAUUUGGUACGUAUGAAAUAUGUGUGGAAACUUUCACAGUUACGCACAAGAGUCUCUCUUGUCUGUAGAUGAGGAUUCUAUAUUGCAAAGUAAGUGUUACAGAUUAUAGAUGCUUGUUCAACAGCAUCACACACAGGUUGGAGACCAUGAUAACAUGAAUUUGGAGGGAAAUUAAUGUUUCCAUGGUCACACUAUGCACAAAAAACAACCUCUACACCACUUUUGCACUUGUUAUCAAUUUUACAAGCAGUGUAGUAGUUCACACACAACGCACCCACUAAUAAUACGGAAAAUGUUAUACUGUAGUUUGCGCUAAACAAAACCUGAUAUACGGAUCUUAGUAGCUCAGGCCCUAAAGAUGCUAUUACAAUCCAUUGUAAGCCAAACUAAAUUAUCUGACGAAUGAAAUCAAUCAAUCAAUCAAUGUUUACUUAUACAGCCCUAAAUCACUAGUGUCUCAAAGGGCAAAGAAAACUCACACCCAGUGGGACGUCGGUGACAAUGAUGACUAUGAGAACCUUGGAGAGGAGGAAAGCAAUGGAUGUCGAGCGGGUCUAACAUGAUACUGUGAAAGUUCAAUCCAUAAUGGAUCCAACACAGUCGCGAGAGUCCAGUCCAAAGCGGAUCCAACACAGCAGCGAGAGUCCCGUUCACAGCGGAGCCAGCAGGAAAACAUCCCAAGCGGAGGCGGAUCGGCAGCGCAGAGAUGUCCCCAGCCAAUACACAGGCGAGCAGUACAUGGCCACCGGAACGGACCGGACCCCCUCCACAAGGGAGAGUGGGACAUAGGAGAAAAAGAAAAGAAACGGCAGAUCAACUGGUCUAAAAAAGGAGUCUAUUUAAAGGCUAGAGUAUACAAAUGAGUUUUAAGGUGAGACUUAAAUGCUUCUACUGAGGUGGCAUCUCGAACUUUUACCGGGAGGGCAUUCCAGAGUACUGGAGCCCGAAAUGAAAACGCUCUAUAGCCCACAGACUUUUUUUGGGCUUUGGGAAUCACUAAUAAGCCGGAGUCCUUUGAACGCAGAUUUCUUGCCGGGACAUAUGGUACAAUACAAUCGACAAGAUAGGAUGGAGCUAGGCCGUGUAGUAUUUUAUACGUAAGUAGUAAAACCUUAAAGUCACAUCUUAAGUGCACAGAAAGCCAGUGCAGGUGAGCCAGUACAGGCGUAAUGUGAUCAAACUUUCUUGUUGUCAAAAGCCUAGCAGCCGCAUUUUGUACCAACUGUAAUCUUUUAAUGCUAAACAUGGGGAGACCCGAAAAUAGUACGUUACAGUAAUCGAGACGAGACGUAACAAACGCAUGGAUAAUGAUCUCAGCGUCUUUAGUGGACAGAAUGGAGCGAAUUUUAGCGAUAUUACGGAGAUGAAAGAAGGCCGUUUUAGUAACGCUUUUAAAAUGUGUGACUCAAAGGAGAGAGUUGGGUCGAAGAUAACACCCAGAUUCUUUACCGUGUCACCUUGUUUAAUUGUUUGGUUGUCAAAUGUUAGAGUUGUAUCAUUAAAUAGAGGUCGGUGUCUAGCAGGACCGAUAAUCAGCAUUUCCGUUUUUUUGCCGUUGAGUUGCAAAAAGUUAGAGGACAUCCAUUGUUUAAUUUCAUUAAGACACGCCUCCAGCUGACUACAAUCCGGCGUGUUGGUCAGCUUGUAGAGUUGGGUGUCAUCAGCAUAACAGUGAAAGCUAAUACCGUAUUUGUGUUUUUGAUAUUGUAUCUUAUUAAUAAAUAUAUAUUUGUAUUUUUAGAAUAUGCCUAGGGCCAAUGAAAAACGAGCUACUUGUUGAAAAUAUCUGAAUUUCCGGUAGGCAUACCAGGAAAAAGAUUAACAUGAUGCACUCAAAACAUGCAGUUAAGUUUGUGUAGUUCCCCCCAGUGUGCUCUUUAUAUCUUAUUUCAAAUAUUUUCAUAUCCUCCGUCUUUGUCUUGACAACAAACAGUAAUAAAUUCAUAGGAAUAAGCUUUAAUGCGAUCAAACAUAUUUUUAAAUAAACGCAAGGUGGACAAAAUAACAUUUUGACACGCUAAAAGACAGCUGCUACUCUUUAUACUUAUUUUAUAAUUAUAAUGUCAUUUGACAGAACACCAGCCCACGGUUGAGCUUUGUAAAGUUCAGUUCAGUUUCAGUUUAUUUCGAACAUGCAUAAAAUACAAUGUAAUGCAUUACAUGUUUCCAGUUGUUUCAAGACAGCAAGUCGGAAAAGGAGGGUGAAAAUUAUUUUCUUUAAAUUAAACUUUCAGAUUCAGAUUGAUUUUUUUUGAAGAAAUAUACAGUUUAUACUUUGUAAUUAUUUAUUUAUUUAUUUAUUUAUUAUUUUCCAGGACAUUUUUCCCAUUCAAAUAGUGUUCUUAGACUGUUGACUCUUCCAGCUGAAAGAUACUGUUUAGCACAUCAAAACUUAUUUUAAAAAAACGGUUUGGCCCCAGUAUGAUUUGAUGAUUAAUUGUGCAAAAUAUUCAAGGGAAUAAGUCAGCACCAUCAUUGAUCUGACUGAGCACUUUGAACAAACUGUUUGUUGACACUUUCUUCAUCAUCUUCCAUAAAUUAACCAAAAACUACAUCAACAGCAAAAAACAUGUUGAAUAUAUACAUUACAUUUGUACGUUUGUACAUUAGCAGCAGGUGCCGAGAAAAAUAUACUUUUUCCCUCACUUCCUGGAAGCAUCGAGGUAAAUCACUUUUUAUUUGAUUGUGUGAAUGCUCCAAAGCAUUCAGACAUAUGCUUUUCUACACCAAAAUUCAUCUAUUUAUUAAUAUAAUUUUGGCGCACUCCCACAUUUUUCAUCCAAUUUAAACCAUUCCAACUUCAAAAUAUUCAGCUUGUUCGAGAACUGUGUGCUCUCCUUCAACCAUCCUACAACAAAUCCUUGGUUUCCAAGAAUUCCGUUUUUAGGGGCAUUGUCCCCAUUCAAAAUGAAUUGUCCAUUUUUCAAACUUCAAGAAUUUCCGCAAUUUUCAACUGGUUCAAAUCAUUAAGUACAUUUGACUCGUUCUAUACAUUCAAACUACCAUUGUUAAUGUUUCCAGGAAUCCCUGUUUUUUUCUAACCUGAUUUCCAAACUUUUUUCGUUCGACGACUCCCUUCACAUUUUUAAACCCAUUUCAUCCGUUGCACUGUCAAAACAUUCAUCUUACUCGGAACAAACAAUACAUGUUGGUUUAGGAAUUAGAUUAAUCCCCAGUUUUUCCGAAAUUCCAUGAAUUCUGUAGAACCAUUUCUCAAUUAAAAAAACUUGUAUUAUUUAUCAGUCAAUUACUCUUUCUUGACCGAUUUUAACAAUGUCAAACCAACACAUUCCGCUCAUUCAGGACAUUCAUGCUAUAAUCAUUUUCAAAAUAAAUCCCAGUUUUCCCGAAAUCCCCAAAUUUCCAGGAAGUUCCCGCUGAAAUGGAUGGGACAUUUUUUAAACUUCAACAAUUCCAACAUUUUUCAACCUAUUCCAACCAUUCCAACAUUAACACAUUCCAACAUUAACACAUUCCACUCAUCCUGGACAUUCAAACCAACACUUUCCCAAGUUCCAAACCAAAUUCCAGUUUUCCUGGAAGUUCAAAAAUUCCUGGAAUUCUGUAACACUAUUAUUCAAUUAUAAAUUGUCACUAGAAACAAAUUUCUUAACCAAUUUAGCUCAUUUAGGAAAUUCCUGCUAUUUUUCGCCUUCAAGAAAUUCCCAAAUUAUCAGGAAAUUCACACUGAAAUGAACAGGACAUUUUUCCAAGUUCCACAAGUGCCACAUUUCUCAAUUGAUAUAAUUGGUUCUCACACCAACAUAUUCAGCUCAUGAAUUGUAUUACAUGGCGCCAUCUUAGAAGUAUGCUAAUGUUCCCCUGUCAGUAUGCUUAUGUUUACUUGCUAACGUUUUAUGCUAGCAUUUGAUCUAAUUUCUUAAUUUUUAACAUAAUAGUCAUGUAUUUCUCUAAUUGGCGCCAUCUUAAAAGUAGCAAGCCUUUCACUUGUUACUGUGCUCAUGUUAGCACGCUAACAUUUUAAGCUUGCAGUUUAGCAAUUUUUUAAUGUUUUUAAACCUAAUAAUAACGUAUUUUGUUACUUUGUGCCAUCUUGGAAAUAUGUUAGCUAUUUCCCUGUUAUCAUCCCAAUGUUUACAUGCUAACAAUUUAUGCUAACAUUUGCUCUCAUGGAUUUUGGUACUUGGCGCCAUCUUAAACAUAUAAUAAAUAGCCUUCCAUCUGUUAGCAUGCUAAUUUUAGCAUGUUAAUAUUAGUAUGCUAACAUUUUAGCUAAUGUUGUACUUUUUAACCUAAUAAGCAUGUAUUUCAUCACUUGCCUUCUUCUUAAAAGUAUGUUAGCUCUUCAACUGUUAGCAUAUUAAUGUAAGCAAGCUAGGAUUUUUUUAUAGCCUUUUAGCCGAUAUUGUACAUUGUAAACCUAAUAAUCAUGGAUAUUGUCACUUGGCUUUAUGUUACAAGUAUGCUAGCUGUUCCCCUGUUAGCAUGCUGAGUUUUUAUGCCUGCAUUUUAGUUAAUGUGUAACAUUUAGAGCUAAAAUGGAUAGAUUCUGUUACUUUGCAACCUUUUGAAGUAUGCAAACUCUUCUAACUAUACCAACAUUUAGCAUUUCAAAAUUCAUACUACAUUUCAGUACAGUUUUUGCUCUUCACCUCCCAAACUAUUGUAUCCUUUAAUCUAUUUAAAUCUACUUGUAUUUCGCUUUAGCGUCAGUUCUUCAAGAUUCAAACCAUUUCAACCUUUAAAAAAUUUCAACAUUCAAACCCUUAUUGCAUUCAUCCUACAUUCUGUUACCAAGUCAGCGUCUGCUCUCUUUCUUUCAAACCAUUUCAACUUUCAAACGUAUUAUUAUUUCAAACUUACAUUCAUUUUAUAUUCCAUCAGUAUUUCAGUUCAACUUCAGCAUUGGAGCAUUCACACGCAAUUCCUUAAGGGAAUUGCCUCAUUUAGCUUAAUUGUGUAGGUGUGACAGUCUAGAUGGCUGGGUAAACUAUGCACUGCAUCUAUUCCAUUGAGUUUCAUUGUAUGAGACAUCAAACAGUGUCACUUUUCACACUUGUCAUGUUUGCCAUGGGUCAAGCCAACUUCAAUGCAAUUCAUCAGGACCCUGGAGUGUAACAAACAAGUUCUCUGCAAGUGAAGUCUGGUGCAGUUCAGUUCACUUGCGCUUUAUUGCAAACACUAUAUGGACCAAAGAUUAUUGUUUAAAAAAAAAAGCAUGCAGAAAGGACAAAUAUGUCCAGUGAGAGGAACGCAUUAGAAGUGUCUCUGUACUUUAGAAGCAUUUUGUGAAAUCUAAAAUGGUUAAUAUGGCAGACUAUAUCAAUAACAUACCUAUUUAACCCAGAAUAUUGGCAUAUUAUGUUAUUAAAGCUGCCCGAUUAAGUCCCUACUUUAUACAUAAUGUUAUCUACGGUGCUGCUUUUAGUCCUAUUUCAAAAAUAUACUGAAAUCUUUGUUGAACAGUACCAAACCACAAUUGUGCAAGCAGCCUCAUAGGAUGUGCUCGCCACUUUACUAAUAUGGUAUGCCAGCCACCCACAUACGUACGCAGGUAGAUUAGACAUUGAUUAAUAUAACUAUUCCCUAUUGAAGUAUAGUCAUUCUGCUGAUUAUUCUUUUUGGUUGAUAUAGAAUUUGUGUUUGCGUGCUUACGUGCGUGCGUGUGUGUUUGCAUGAGCGUGUGACAGAUGAUGGGGCGGCCUUGGCACUAUUCAGUAAAACUUGCAAAAUGCUCCAUGCACAUGUUUUUUUUUUUAUGUGAAUGUACUGUAUUAUUUAUUGAUAUAUUUAUUUAUUUAUUGUUCUAUUUAUUAAGUAUUUAUUGAAUCUUGCUUUGAGAUUGCUGCAGAAGUCUUUCCACGUUGAUGUGUACCGUAUGUGUCCAUGAUGUUUUCAUUUUGAUUGAUGAACAUGGUGUGGGUUACUGGUUUGAUUCCAGCUUCCGCCAUCCUCGUCACUGCUGUUGUGUCAUUGGGCAGCACACUUCACCCACCUAGCUCCCAGUGCCACCCACACUACUUUAAAUGUAGCUUACAAAAGGUAGAUAAUGGGUUUCACAAUAUAAAAAGAGCUUUGAGUCUUGAGAGAAAAAGCGCUUUAUAAAUAUGAUUCACUUCACGCUUGUAUUUUUAAGAUGAUUAUGGGCCCAACCCCUGACUGUUUAUUUGUUUUGGUAUGUCAAUGGUUCAAUCCAAGAUGUUGUUACUUUCAGAGGAACAGAUAUAAGUAAAUUUGUUUCCAAGGACACCAUUUGAUGGUGCAUGGACAAAAGUAUUGGCACAAAACUCUUGCUUCAAAUCAAGGUCCAUAAAAACAUGCCAAGUUUGGGAUAACCUAUUUAAACGGGACCAAAUGUGAUCUGUAACCUCAGGAUUAAUUGGGAAAUUGCACAGACUUAAUGGUGACCCAGUACUUUUGUCUAUAAAGUAGCAAUGCUCUGAAAGUUUGCACACUGAAAAGUUUUGUCCGAAAAUGGCCCAAAACUGCCUUUUCGACUUUUGGCUGAAAGACUUAUCAGCGAAACAGCACUACUGAACCAGGAUGUCGCAAUGACCUCAGCAAGAAACACGCGAUUGUCUGGAGUGGAGGCAACAUGUCUGACAUUUGGACAUACAUCAAUAUGUCUGAAAGGGUUACGUCUGGGUUAUCUCAAGAUCACUUAUUCCCUGAUUUUGUUUUCAAUCAAAAUAUGUGUAUGUAUGUAUAUAUUUAUUUUUUUGUCUUUUUUUUUUUCAAAACCAGUUUUCCAACCUGUUGAUUCAUUUCUAAUAUAGCACUGCCCCUUUGAUCCAUUGUGUCUUUUGUAGUGUACACGUUCAUACUACUGACAAUAAACUGAAAAAAAAUGGGCAAAAUAA